CAGCUUUCACAAAAUAACAACUUAAACCCUACACUGCCCCAGCUGUUGUGUAUGCCGAUUGACCACUUUGACAAGAUGGAAGAGCAGCAACCUUCAGCUAAUGUGAAUUUAACCAAUGAGUCGGCUCAACUUGUAAAGUCCCUGCUGGACAGAAACCGCAACGCUGUUAACAGAGAGCAGGAGAAAAACCUUCCUGACGACAAUGUGAAAAAUAUUAAUUGGGUCGCAAUCCAAGACUUCACAGUGGACGUGGGGAAAGAGCAGAUUAAGGAGUAUAUCCGGAGUUGGGAGCUGCAACCCUGCUGGCGUUACAGUCUGGAUACACUCUACUGCACCGAGGAUGAGCAUCAUACUUUCUACCACUACCGGGCCCGCUUUAGCACCCCGACCCAGCGAUCACCGAUCCAGGGCACGGCUAGUGUCUAUUUCGUUGUGGACAUAUCCAAAGUCAGACCCUGCAGUCUGCCAGUGGAGGUUUACUUCAUAGUGGAGUCAAACAGGCUGGUGCACACAGCGGGGAGGAGCAGGUUCAGAGAGAAAUGGCUGGCGGAUGUGAUCAGGAGCAAGACUCUGCUCCGAAGAGCCGUGGACCUUUAA